AUGUCUCAGAGUUCUCCCUCAAAGAAAUCUUCUCCUACCUCUGAAAUAGCAUCAGGUUCUAGGGCACCAAAUGUUGUGAGUGAUCAAGAUGUUGUGCUGGAUGUUAUGCCUUUGAACUCUGUUCCUGCUACCGAUACUGUUUGUAAUCCACCAAGAAAGAUGCAUGCAAGAAAAUCAACUGGGGGAUCUGUUCCUGAAACCUUUUCUGUUCAAGGUAGAGAGGGUUCUGCUUAUGUUCACAAUGCGAUCGCAGGUAUUGUCACAAGAAUCUUGAAUGAAGGGCACAAGGUUGAUGGGAUAUCUGUUCCUCUAGCCCAGAUGUCUGCCUCUAAGAACAGCAAAGAUGAUCAAGAUGGUCAAGAUGAUGCUAGCAAAGAUCAGGGUGAUGUUGAGACAUCGGUUGAUAACACUGAUGAGAAGAACCCAGGUGCCAAAGAAGUUGAGACAUCUGAAGCUAUUAAUGUUGAAACAUCUGGUACUAAAGAUGCUGAAGUUCUUGAGCCUGAGAAAGCUGAAGAGGUUCCUGUUGCUGCUUCUAAAGAAACCCCUAAUGAAGGUCCUACUGUGCAUGAUGUUGUGAAUCUGGAUGAUCUGGAUGAUUCUAUUGACAUUGCUGAUGAUGAACUCAUCUCUAGCAUCUCUCAUAGAGUCAAGACUCGUAAGGGCAAACAGGCUUGUGAUCAAGAUUUCUCCAAACCUCAGGUUACUCCUCAAAAGAAGGUCACUAUAAAGAAGGUCAAGAAGGUCCUUGCUGAACCUUCAACCACAGGGAGCAAGGCUACUGUGAAGAAGAGGAAGGAAAGAAGUGUUUCUGUCCCAGAAGAUGAUGUCUUAAGUAGAGAUGCUGAGGCUCAACCUGAGCUUGAAGUGACUGAUAAUGAGGUUUGCAAGGUAAUCACUGGUGGUAAGGUUAAGAAGUGGCCCAUAAAGAGCAAACUGUUUGCUAGUUCUCUUAAUGUCAGGUAUGCAUUGCUGCACAAAAUUGGUGCUGCUAACUGGGUGCCUACCAAUCACACUUCCACCAUUGCUGUUGGCCUAGGAAGAUUCAUAUAUGCUGUGGGAACCAAGACAAAAUUUGACUAUGGGACCUACAUAUUUGAUCAAACUAUGAGGCAUGUUGGUACCUCUGCUACCAAGCUUCCCAUUGCUUUCCCAUCUUUGAUAUGUGGAAUAAUCCUCAAGCGACACCCUGAGAUUCUAAAAAGUAAAGAUUCUGUAUGUAAGAGGGAGAGUGCUUUGUCUUUUCACUAUAAGCUGCUGCAGAGGUCUGAUGACAAGACAUCUGCUGGGACAUCACAACCCAGCAAAUCUGUGAACAAAGCUCUUCUUAUUGCUGAGCUAAAAGAGACUUGUCAAGAGUUGGACAACAGGAAGCUGAAACUUGAAAAUCUCAUCCACAGUCUUGAGCAGUCUACAGAUGAUGAUCUUGCUGGUGAAAAGGGUGGUGACAAUAUGGAUGAAGACAAAGAGGCUGAGGAAGAAGCUGAGGAAGAGGCUGAGGGUGCUGAGAGUGGGAGUAGUGAUGCUGCUGAAUGGACUAGUAGCUCAAGUGAUGACAAUCCUGGUGGCUCUAGUGACGAAGACAGUGAUGGGUCUGAUGAUUAG